UGAACGCGCCGCUGAUCAGGACGGAAUAUUUGCGAAUUAGUAGAGGCGAUUCAAAAUCCCUGAAUUUCAUUCGCUGUUUUCUUUGGUUUUGUGUGACAUUGGCCAACGUUUUUGUAUUACAGCCAACCGUGUUUAAACACUGGAAGUAUUUGAGAGAUGAUGCUUCCUGCAAGUGGACGAGUUUUAGUAUACAUUGUUCUUGUAGGAGUGAUCAUCGUAGGAAUCGUUUGCUUUAUUAGUGGUAUCGUACUAAUUGUCAAUUCAAAGAAAGAACUCGUACCGGUUGCACUGCCCACUAAAUCAGAAUACUCCGCCGAAGCCAAAAGAAUUGGACUGGAAAAKGUUUUACAAAGAGUACAAGCGCAAUACUUUGAGUUGUAUCCUAAUAGAAUAGCUGCAAAACCCGGCGUCACAUCAGAUGAGGUAAAACGCAGAUAUAGACCCUUUGAUCCAAAACCUAACAUCAUCAAAACGAGGACUGAUGGUGCUAAAAAGGUUAUGAAAGAACUCGAAUCGCUCGACGUUUCGAUGAAUAAACUUAAACUUUAUGAACAACGUACAAUUGACCAAGCUAAAUACUGGGUAGGAAGUGUGUUUCCUUAUGGUGUUCCGUAUGCAUACGACUAUUAUACCGGUGACUGGAUGUUAGGUCCUGAUAUAUUUUGUUGGACUCCCACCUGCGCUUCGAUGUAUGAACUAGAGAGAACCCUGACACAUUUUAAACCGAUUACAUUCCAAGAUGUAGAGCUUCUUAAAGUUAGAUUACAGCAAGCAGGAGCGGGUUUGUUAACCGAUGUUGACAACAUGAAAUUAGGGGUAGCUGCAGGAAUGGUUCGUAAUGUCGAAGCAUGCAAAAGUGGUGUGGAGACAAUGCAGACUCAUUUUCGAUCGGUCAUUACGGAUGGGAGUAAAGGUAUUCUCAACGAAAACUUUGCAAAAGUAGUUGUGAAUGAYAAGUUUUUUGGUGAUUUGAGAGCUGAAGAUCAAAGUAGCUGGAAAUCGAAAUAUGGUAAAUCGCCCAAGGAGUCAAUUGCAGACASCAUUGUUGAUUCUAUUGGCAAACCGAUUCAACAGUAUCUAAGAUAUCUGGAGUUUGAUCACAGCAAGCACUGUGUAUCGUCUGAUAUCUCUAGUGGCUAUGGUUCACUUCCAUUAAAAAACGUCUAUGUGGACAGUAAACCCGUGAACCGUUCAUCGGGUCGCCUUCCAACUGGUGAACCAAUCAUGAAUGGUAAAGAAACGUACAAGAAAUUCCUAGCAUACUUUACAACGACUUCCGUUUCUACAGACGAGAUUUACAACAUUGGCAAAGAAUUGAUUGAUACUUUAUAUCCCGAGCUGCUAAAACAAGCAAGAGAAUUUACAGGCGCAAGCAACGAUGAAGAGGCCAAGAGGAAAAUGAUGAUUGAGUUAAGGAAGCAGAGCAACUUCUUCAACUCAGAACCAAUCCCCAAAGAGGAGUCCGAUAGCAAAGCACACACUAAGUGCCAUAGUAUGAAGACAGCCAAGAAACACUGUCCAGUACGUUGGAAAGCAAUGAACACAUACUUCUCGUAUGUCAAAGAGCUGGCGACUUUCUUGAGGUAUAAAAUACUUAACUUGUUCCAUUACGUUGGUCGCAUGGUGACUGUACCAAGUUGUCCAGUAGAACCAGUUGCUAACUUCAAUCCUGCGGCUCCUGCUGCUGCGUACUAUGAAGGCAAUCCCCAGUGCACCAUUACAGCUAAGUACUAUAUUCCUUUCUUCAAUGCAAACAUGGGUCCUAAAUCUGAUGAGUGGUCUGUCAGCGCGCAUGAAAUGAUUCCUGGACACCAUUUGCAGGUUCAAGGGUAUUUUGAGUUUUUCUUACCAAAGGGUGAUAUCCAGCAAUGGAUGUCUCGGUCCAUUUAUUUCUUAACGUUUGCAGAAGGAUGGGCAUUGUAUGCUGAGGGAGAUCUCAUYGCAUCUGARACAGACGCYUAUAAAACCAUUCCACUCCUUAAUUUUACCGCUCUUCGAUGGAAGGUUUUGCGAGGUGUCCGCUUGAUGAUUGAGAUUGGACUUCACACUAGAGGGAUGAAACGAUCUGAAGCGUUCAAAAUAUUAUCAAACUACACUUGGGGCGAGGACGACAGAGUAGCCAAAGAGAUCACACGCUUCCAGAGCGUUCCAGGACAGGCUGUGACGUACACAUAUGGUCAUCGUGUCAUCAUGAAAAUACGAAAAAAAGUCCAGMAAAGAUUGGGCGACAAAUUCAAUAUCAAAGACUUUCACUAUCAUUUACUGCGCAAUGGAGGAACGUCUACCAUGGGUUACCUWGAGAACGCCAUGGAUAAAUACACCAGUUGUGAAUUGGAUAAGACGCAAUUUGGCUGCGAUGAUGUGUUGAAUCCUCCUCACACGUCACACAGUGGAAGCUCGAAAUAUUAUCCUGAAGAUCGAGCGAGAUUCGUCGUCUGCUGAAAUACAGAUGAAAUCAUAUAUUGCUAAUUUUUCAGCGGAAUGCGUCAGUCGGGUCAGCGUUUAACCGUCGUGGUUAAUAGACUAAUGACUCGUUUACCGUUAGUCCUGCCCAUGAUAAACAUGUAUGUUAUUGUUGUUAGUUAAGGGUAUCAUCAGACCAGCAAAGUAUACACUUUUUCUAGAAUCUUAUACUGCACGAGUAUACAGCUGGUCUGACUCGGGAACAGGAAGUCCGAUAACCGCCUUUC